AUGUCUGCCGGCCCAACUCCUCGACAGCCUGUUUCUCUCUCGACAUUCGACACCACGCCACUUUUCAUGCGUGAAGCUGCUGUUGGAACAGAUAGAGACGCUCCUGAAGAUGACCAAAAUACCCUGGCUGCGCUUCAAAGUCUGAUUCAUGAGGGCGAUCCAGAAGAGGUUGCAUCGAACUUUAAAGACCAAGGAAAUGGGUACUUUAAGGCCCGUCGAUUCCGGGAAGCAAUGGGAUUCUAUACCCAAGGAGUCGAGGCGUUGACAAUUCAAUCGAUUGACGGAAGUCCCAAGACUGUGGAGAACUCGAAAGAGAAUUUUGGCAAAGUAUUGAAGGAUGUCAAACUUGUGCUUGAGACAGACCCACGGUCAUCCAAGGCUUUAUUCAGAGCUGCCAAGGCUUUGGUCAAGUUGAGACGGUAUGAAGAAGCGCUAGACGCUUGCGAUCGAUGCCUAUCAUUUGAUCCAGACAACGGGGGAGUGAAAUCUAUACAAGUGAUUGCUCAAAAAGAGCUUAAUGUUGAAGUUAAUAAAGCCAGGCAAAAAGCUGAAGCCGAAGAGAAAGAGAAGGCCAAAAAGGCAGCUCUUAGUCUUGCACUGCAACACCACGGAAUAACAGUCCUCAAAGAUAAUACCGAUCCGGAACACCUUCCCUUCCUUGAUCCACCUACGCCACCAUACCCAACUUCCGCACAACUUAUAUGCCGUGUCGUUCUCGUGUACCCGCAAUAUGGACAGACGGAUCUCAUUGUUCGGUUCUCCACAGAGGAUACGCUCGGAGCACAUCUCGAUAGCAUCCUUCCUGACCCCGAGACUGGGAGUGACGUACCGUUUGCCCCAUGGGACGAGAAGCAAGAGUACAUAUCUAAUAAAGUCAAUGUGUAUGUCAAACUCGAAAGGGAAGAGUACUGCGACUGCGAAGGGGAAGGAAGGGAAGAUGACGGACUUGUGAUUGGGCAAGGUGUUGUUGCGUUUGUGGUUGUCCCAAAAGGUUCAUUGGCCGAAGAGAAGUAUUUGAAGAGUGUCAAGGAAGAGAGGAAGGACAAAGCAUAG